AUGCUUUAGUAGACGGGCCAGUCAGUGCUCUGUUUGAUCGCUCAGCGGUCGGUCGGAAAUUAGGCAGGAAGAAACAAGAGCGGUUCGCGCCGUCCAUUGUGACAAAUCCCGCGAAUACACGAAAGAUAUCGGAGAAGCAGAAAAGAGACAAAUCCCGCGGUGAUUCAAAAAAACGACGACGACGACACAUAGAUUAGCACAUUUUGUUCUUCGCUCCGCACCACGUUUCUCCAGGAUUACGCACGCGAGUCAGACAGAAAUAAGGAAAUUUCAAACUAUUUGAUAAGAUGCCGGCUCAGUUCGAAAGUAUCAACAGUCCCGUGACGCGAGAACACGCGGACGGAAAUGGAGUACCGUAUUCCGUCGAUAGUGAUGUCGUCAUUACGGGCAUUUCAGGCCGUCUACCUGAAUCGUCAAACAUCGAAGAGUUUAAGGAGAAUCUGAUGAAAGGACUGGACAUGGUUACCGAUGAUGAUCGCCGUUGGACAGCGGGCAUUCACGGACUACCGCGCAGAUCCGCCAAGAUCAAAGAUCUCAGCAGCUUCGACGCUUCUUUCUUCGGUGUACAUCCCAAACAAGCGCACGUAAUGGACCCGCAACUUCGCAUGAUGUUAGAAAUCACGUACGAAGCGAUAGUUGACGCUGGCAUCAACCCGACAACCGUGCGAGGAUCACGUACUGGUGUUUUUAUCGGUGUUUCAUGUUCGGAAUCGGACGAGUUUUGGACAAGUGAUCCGGAUCGUGUAAAUGGAUACGGAUUGAUCGGAUGUUGUAGGGCAAUGUUCGCCAAUAGAAUCUCGUAUACAUUUGAUUUCACCGGACCUAGUUAUGCAUUGGACACGGCCUGUUCCUCGGCUAUGUUUGCCAUGCAUCAGGCAGUUACCGCGAUCCGUGCCGGCGAGUGUGACGCAGCGAUUGUCGGUGGGAUGAAUCUUUUACUGAAGCCGGAGAACUCGCUUCAGUUUCACAGAUUAAGCAUGCUGUCACAGGACGGCAAAUGCAAGGCGUUCGACAGUAAGGGUAACGGCUACGUAAGAGCUGAGGCCGUAGUGGCAAUAUACUUACAGAAGGCAAAAGACGCGCGUAGAAUGUACGCCACGGUUGUUCACACAAAAACCAAUACUGAUGGCUACAAAUAUCAGGGAAUUACUUAUCCAAAUGGUAAAAGGCAGUAUCAAUUGAUGCGCGAGAUAUACAACGAGGCGGGUAUUAAUCCCGCAGAUGUAGUUUACGUAGAGGCUCAUGGUACUGGAACCAAAGUGGGUGAUCCAGAAGAGAUCAAUUCCGUCGACACAUUGUUUUGCAAAGAUAGGAAAACUCCUUUGCUGCUCGGCUCGGUCAAGUCCAAUAUAGGACAUUCGGAACCGUCCAGCGGACUGUGUUCGAUCGCCAAGGUUUUAAUCGCAAUGGAAGCUGGUGUGAUACCCGCGAACUUACACUUUGAAACUCCAAAUCCGGAUAUACCCGCGUUCGAAGAAGGACGCAUUCGAGUAGUUGACAAGGCUAUGCCGUGGAACGGAGGCCUCGUGGGUAUUAACUCGUUCGGCUUCGGAGGUGCGAACGCGCACAUUGUUCUGCGUAGUAAUCCAAAACCAAAACUGUCGCCCGUGCUACCCGCCACCGAAUUGCUACCUAAAUUGGUUGCCGUGUCUGGUCGAACAGAAGAGUCCAUACACAUGUUGCUGGACAAAGCAAAAGAAUAUCAGACAGACGAUGAGUUUGUCGCGUUACUACAUGCCAUACACAAGCAUGACAUACCGGGACACCAGAUUCGCGGUUACGAGAUACUUGGCGUGAAUGAUACUCGCGAAAUGAGCGAGAUGCCGAACUAUGAUGAAAAACGUCCUAUCUGGUUUGUGUUUUCUGGUAUGGGCUCACAAUGGUCGGGCAUGGGUCGCGAAUUGCUCCAAAUUGAAGUCUUUCAGCGUAGUUUGCGACGAUGUGCGGAUGCGUUAGCGCCUCAUGGCAUUGAUCUCAUGGAUAUAAUCUUGAACAGCACAGAAGAGACGUAUAAAAUGAAUGUGAUGAACAGUUUUGUGUCGAUUGCGGCCAUGCAGGUCGCUCUUGUCGACACAUUGACAUCGAUAGGCAUAUAUCCGGACGGUAUAGUUGGCCAUUCCGUUGGUGAAUUGGGUUGCGCUUACGCGGAUGGCGCGUUUACGCCAGAACAAACCGUUUUGGCAGCUUAUUGCAGAGGUAAAUCGAUCGUGGACUCCAAGCUGGAGCUAGGUGCUAUGGCGGCGAUUGGUUUGAGUUGGGAAGAUGCCAAGAAGAUGUGCCCGCCUGACAUCAGUCCAGCUUGUCACAAUUCUGCAGAUUCCGUCACUAUAUCUGGUCCGCUCGAAUCUAUGAAAAAAUUCGUAGAAGAACUGAAGAGCAAUGAUAUUUUCGCCAAAAUGGUCAAUAGCAAUGGCAUCGCUUUCCAUAGUAAAUACAUCGCUCAAGCGGGACCUAAACUACGUGCCUCGCUUGACAAAAUAAUACCAACUCCAAAACAGAGAUCAGCUAAAUGGAUUUCCAGUUCUAUACCCGAGUCAGCGUGGGGCAGUCCGCUUGCACAGUUCAGCUCGUCGGCGUAUCACGUGAACAAUUUACUGUCUCCAGUGCUCUUCCAAGAAACUCUCGUGCACAUUCCGAAGAAUGCGAUAACGAUUGAGAUAGCGCCUCAUUGUUUGCUGCAGGCAAUUUUGCGUAGAUCGCUUUCGCCCAGUGUGACCAAUAUCAGCCUCCACAAACGAGAUACAAACAAUCUCGUCUUCUUGCUUUCUAACGUGGGCAAGCUGUACAUGGCCGGUGCGCAACCAGAAAUUUCCAAAUUGUAUCCAUCAGUGAGUUUUCCUGUCGGCCGCGGAACACCGAUGAUUGCACCUCUAGUCAAGUGGGAUCAUUCCUCUUCCUGGGAAGUGGCUACUUUUAAAAAGGUAUCAGGACACUCAGGAGAAUGCGUUGUUCAAGUGGAUUUGUCGAAAGAAACAGACGCCUUUCUAACGGGACAUCAAAUAGACGGACGAGUUAUUUUCCCAGCUACUGGUUACAUGGUACUGGUGUGGAAAACUUUGGCAAAACUGCGCGGUACCGAUUUUGAGCAAUUGCCAGUGGUGUUCCGAAAUGUACGGUUUCAACGCGCCACUAUUAUGCCGAAAGAGGGAGUGGUAAAGUUUUCGAUAACCAUCUUUGAAGGAACGGGCGACUUUGAGAUCAAUGAGGGUGGCUCGGUCGCUGUCAGCGGAAACAUCCGCGUAUCUGAAGCUAUCGAGAAAGAUCAGCUGAAACUACAACCGCCAUCAGUCCCACCUACCACUAAAGAGAUCUUACCAAUGAACAACAAAGAUAUUUACAAAGAACUGAGAUUGCGCGGAUAUGAAUAUCGUGGUAUCUUCAAGGGACUUAUGUCGUCCGAUAACUACAGCGUUGCUGGCAAACUUCGCUGGUCUAACGAGUGGAUCUCGUACAUAGAUACUAUGCUUCACUUUUUCAUACUGUCCAAAAAAUACAAGCUGUUGUAUUUGCCCUCGCGUCUUGAAUACGCCUCGAUCAAUCCCGUUCUUCACAAACAAUUGGUAGAAGAUUUACCAGAAGACGGUGAACUGCCGAUAUAUCACUACAAAGACAUCAAUAUCGCGAAAUCGGGUGGUAUCGAGCUCAGAGGAUUAAAAUCUUCUUUGGCACCUCGACGACAACAAACUCAAGCUGCUCCUAGACACGAACGCUACACUUUCAUUCCUUACGAAAAUUCGCACAGUCUUGUGGAAGAUCCGGCAAAAGGAAAAUUGCAUGCACUUAGCGUGCUUUUGCAAAUCAUGCACGAAAAUUUGAUGGCAUUGAAAAUCAAGGCGGUAGAAGUGGCGGGCGAACGAGCCCCGGAAGCUCUCUUGGCACCGUUUAUAUUUGACAUUUUCGAGAAUGAGCCUGCUUCACCUGUCAUUGACUUUCAAGUGGCCGUUACUUCUCCCGGCACUUACGCGGCAAGUUUCAACGAGACAAAUAUGAACGUUGAUAUCAUAACGCGAGAUGCGAACAAUGUACCUCCUGGUCAGAACUUGCACCUUGCUAUAGCAGCAGACGUUCUGACUAACAAAUCCUAUGCCGUUCUUAAAAAUCUUGCAGCUGCGGUGAAACCCGGUUGUUAUAUCCUUCUGGAGGAAACCAUCACGCAACUCGAGAAGAGUGCGCUAAAAUAUGUAGAUCUGACAUUGGUCGGGAAACAAAUUGAUCCUGUAGGAAAGACUUACCUGUUACUGAAGAAGAAAGAAAAGAAGGAAGAACCCAUCGUAAUACAAAUCACAGAAAAAAGUCUCUCAUGGUUGGAAGGUGUAAAGGCAGCGUUGAAAAAAUCCGAAAGCGAGAAUCAAGAGUUGCUUCUUGUAUCUCAGGGCGAAGAAUUACUUGGUUUGGUUGGACUUAUGACUUGUAUUCGACGCGAAUCAGGUGGUGAAAACGCGCGCUACGUCUUUAUUCAAGAUAAAAACGCUCCCAAGUUCGGUUUAUCUGUGAAAUUUUAUUCGGAACAAUUGGACAAAGGACUGAUAGCCAACGUACUAAAAGGAGGACAAUGGGGCAGUUAUCGGCACUUGCAAUUAGAUCAGCAGAACAACGUUAGUUCUCUGCAGGUAGAACACGCCUACGUGAACUCUCUAGUAAAAGGAGACUUGAGCAGCUUGAGAUGGAUUGAAGGUCCGUUAAGUUACUAUCGGCCCGACCGACAUUCUUCGAACAUUAUACUCUGCAGCGUAUAUUACGCUCCCUUAAACUUCAGGGACAUUAUGUUGGCAACCGGAAAAUUACCACCCGACGCCUUGCCAGGAAAGAUGGCUACGGAAGAUUGUAUAUUGGGGCUUGAGUUUUCCGGAAGAGACGCAAACGGUCGUCGUGUGAUGGGUAUGGUCGAAGCUCGAGGAUUGGCGACAACCCUAUUGGCGGAUCUUGGUUUCUUGUGGGAAGUACCUGACAAAUGGACACUGGAAGAGGCGGCCACAAUACCCGUUGCUUACUCAACUAGUUACUACGCUCUGUUUGUGCGAGGUCAAUUGAAGGCAGGCGAGAGUGUGCUAAUUCAUGCUGGUUCAGGCGGCGUCGGCCAGGCAGCAAUCGCUAUUGCAUUGCACGCUGGUUGCACCGUUUUCACUACCGUUGGUACGCAAGAAAAACGAGAAUAUCUUAAAAAAACCUUCCCUCAAUUAAACGACAGACACAUAGGCAAUUCUCGAGACACGAGUUUCGAGCAGAUGAUACUUAAUGAGACUCAAGGACGUGGAGUUGACGUAAUAUUGAAUUCGCUGGCAGAAGAGAAACUACAAGCUAGCUUACGAUGCCUCGCAUUGAACGGUCGUUUCCUUGAGAUCGGCAAGUACGAUCUGUCGAACGACAGCCGUUUAGGAAUGUCGAUGUUCUUGAAGAAUACAGCCUUCCACGGUAUACUGUUGGACGCGUUGUUCGAACAUGAGAGCGAGGAAAAGAAGGAAGUGGUAAGGCUCGUUUCGGAGGGUAUCAAGAAUGGCGCGGUACGUCCGUUACCUUCGACCGUGUUCACGGAGCAACAAAUCGAACAGGGAUUCAGAUUUAUGGCAACGGGCAAGCAUAUCGGUAAAGUACUGCUGAAAAUUAGAGAUGAGGAACCGCAAAAGCGUGUACUGCCGGCGCCAAAAAUAGUGGCCGCCAUACCGCGUACUUAUAUGAAUCCAGAUAAAUCGUACAUAUUGGUCGGUGGUCUUGGUGGAUUCGGUCUGGAACUAGCAAAUUGGAUGAUCACCCGCGGCGCCAAAUAUAUUGUACUUGUAUCACGAUCAGGCAUACGUACUGGUUACCAGUCAUUAUGCGUGCGUCGUUGGCGCGAAAAUGGCGUGACAAUUUUCAUCUCUACAGCGGAUGUCACGACAUUAUCGGGUGCUGAACUGCUAAUCAAGGAAAGUAAUCGACUGGCCCCGGUAGGCGGUAUUUUCAAUCUUGCAGCCGUACUACGUGAUGCCUUGAUCGAGAAUCUUGAAGAAGACGACUUUAAGACGGUGCUUUUGCCAAAAGUUGACGGUACGAGAAAUUUAGAUACGGUAUCGAGAAAGUCUUGUCCGUCGUUGGAUUAUUUCGUCGUGUUCUCGUCCGUAUCUUGCGGUCGCGGCAACAUAGGUCAGGCCAAUUACGGUUUUGCGAACUCGGCCAUGGAAAGAAUGAUGGAGCAAAGGCAAGCCAAUGGUCUGCCCGGUCUUGCUAUUCAGUGGGGUGCUAUCGGAGAUGUUGGUUUAAUUAUAGAAACAAUGGGAGAUAACGACACCGAAGUGGGCGGUACUGUACCGCAACAUAUGUCAAGUUGCCUUGCAACCAUGGACGUAUUUCUUCAGCAACCGCAUUCGGUGCUAUCGUCUAUCGUAUUAGCCGAGAAACACAAAUCUUCGAACGACAACAAAGCUAAUCUCGUCAACGCUGUGGCCAAUAUCUUAGGCUUGAAGGACGUCAGCACAGUUAAUGCUAACAACACUCUAGCUGAUUUGGGUAUGGAUUCCCUAAUGGGCACGGAAAUAAAACAAACUCUAGAAAGAAACUACGACAUCCUGUUGUCGCCUCAAGAGAUUCGUGACUUGACGUUUGGCAAACUGCAGGAAUUAUCUUCAAGUGAGAUACCAAAGGAACAGCUAUCUUCUGUGAUUGCGACUGUUGCAAACGACACAUCAGUCUCUGAUGCCGGCAUAUUGCUGAUGCAAUGGCCGAGCAACGAGUUGUUGCCUCAAGAAGUUCUCGUGCGCUUGAAAACUAAGAGUACGAACGGACCGCCGUUGUUUAUCGUUCACGCGAUAGAGGGUCUGAUAAGUUCAUUGGAGCAUAUGGCUAAUGAACUCGAGAGACCGCUUUGGGGUCUGCAGAGCAUUGAUCAAGUACCUCAUGAUACAAUAUCGGAUAUGGCGGAAUUUUAUGUGAACACUAUUAGAAAAGUUCAGAAGAAGGGACCAUAUCACUUAGCGGGCUACUCAUAUGGAUCUUGCGUUGCUAUCGAGAUGGCUCUGCAAUUGGAAUCCGCCGGAGAAAAAGUAAUUCUAAAUCUAAUUGACGGUUCACUGGAAUUUGUACGACAGCAAACAGAAAUGAUCGGCAAAAUAGAUAUAACCGAAGACAUUACUUCAGAGAGCUGUAAAAAAGCAUUGGCAUUCUUCAGUUUACAGUUUAACAAGACGAUCAAUUUCUCUCAAGCUUAUAAUAGUUUGCGAACUAGUGAGUCGGACGUAGAUAUGUUUGACAAAAUGUUAGAAGUAAUAGGUGAAACACCAUUUGAACCGGAUGAUCUAAAACUUGCUGGAUAUCUUUUAUUCAAAAAACUGGCGGCUUUUGCAAUUUAUAGUCCGGAAAAAAAAAUUAAAGGACCCGUGACAUUGAUCAAAGCUACAGACAACUUUAUACCUAUAGAAGAAGAUCACGGUCUAUCAAAGAUCUGCGUUCAACCGGUCAAGGUAGAAGAAGUGCACGGUAAUCACAGAACGAUAUUGUUGGGAGAAAGUGCGAAGAGGAUCGCAAGUCUCUUGCGAGCAUAGUAUACAAAACAUAAGAGACAGUUUCAGAAGAAAGUAAAGAAACGAAAGAAAAGGCAUAAUUAAACUUGACGGUUAUGACGUCCGAGAAUAGUUCUUUGGCGUUACGUGAUGCCAGCUUAAUUCCUAUACAGUACAUGGGAUUAGUUUAAGUUUGUUUUACGACUAAUGUAAGACUUUUUGUGAUAGUUCCAAAAAUGAACGAAUUAAACGUUCAUCAUUUAGCUUACACGCGUGAUGUGUAUGCUUCAAGUACGCAUAUUUAUUUAUUUUUAUUGUAUAAACAACUUUCUAUUAUUCCUCAUUUUGUUUCUGGCUUUCACUUAUUGUUAGUAAUAUUUUGGUUUCAAGCAAGUCGAUCUCGGUCUUUUAGCUCAAAUCUAGUGCUUUUCGUUAUACAGUACUCUAAUAUUAAUAACACAUACUGUAAAUAGCAACAAAUAUACUAAAAUUUGUUUACUUUUC